AGCGCAUCAUAGAACCCGCGGACCGAGCCGAGCAGAGCCGAGCAGAACAGCAGCAAGAGCGCAAAAUAGAAAACUCUCAAAAAUUGAAAUUGUUGUAAAAAUAAAUUGGACAAAAACGUGUGUUGCCGAAGAAGAAGCCAAAAGGAGAUCAAAUAAAUUCUAUAAAAAAAUAAAAAAGGCCAACGAUCAAGUAAAUUGCAACACAAUUUUUGUUGCAGUUAAAUUUUGUGUUAAAUAGUGCGCGACAUCGAAACAGACCGAUCGAUACCGAAUCCCGAAAUCGAAACCGACUCCCCCUUGAGUGUUGGAGUACAAAAAAUCUCCCGCGAUGGGUAACGCCGGCUACACGUGCAUACGCCGCACCUUUUGCUGGCUGAACAUCAUUCUCUGGCUCUGCAGCUGCGCUUUCCUGGGCGCCGGCCUCUGGCUUCGCCUCAGCUACGAGGGAUACGCGACACUGCUGCCGCAACAUGCCGCUCUCAGUGCGGAUACGAUCUUCAUGUCCAUUGGGGGCACUGGGUUCGUGGUGAGCUUCCUUGGCUGCUGCGGCGCCUGGGUACAGUCGCGCUGCCUUCUGGUGUUGUACUUCAUGCUGAUCGUGAUGCUGUUCAUGAGCGAGUUCCUGGUGGGCUCCAUUGCGUUCCUCUUCCGCGGCGGACUCGGGCGGACGCUGGCCAACGAGCUGCGCUUCGGGAUCGAGCGCCACUACAACAGCAGUGACCGCGGCUCCCUGGUGGCCCCCUCGGUGGCCGCCAUCUGGGACAGUGUGCAGCAGUCGUUUGAGUGCUGCGGCGUAUCCUCCUACGAGGACUGGUACGACAUACAAUCGUGGACGGGCAAGCGCUGGGUGCCGGAGUCCUGCUGCCGCACUCUGUACGACCAACGCCAACUGCUGACGGAAGGAUCCGGCGAUGGCCUCCUGCGCGUCGACUGCGGCAGAUCUGAGAACCCGUCGCUUUGGUGGGACAAGGGCUGCGCCCACUCGCUCCAGAGCUGGUUCACCGGCCAGCUGAAUGUGGUGGGUGCCGUUGGACUGGGCAUCGCCUUCGUCCAGCUCUUCGGACUGAUCACCUCGAUGCUGCUCUUCUGCACCGUCAAGCAUAAGCGGGCCUCCGACACGUACAAAUCCUACUCGCCCUCAAUCGACCCCCAGACCCGCACCAGCAGUUGGGAGGAUUGAACCCGUCUGUAGCUGAGGGACAACAUGCAAAAACCACUUGGAUGAAUGUCUCUCCCCAGGCAUUUCUCUAGCUAUCCCGCAUUUUUUUGUGUUUUUUUUUUGUUUGUUGAAUCUCUUUAGUUUUUAAAUCAUUCUGCGAAUUGUGCCAAAAAUUAAUUUUAUGAGAAAUGUGUAGUGUUCUUUUGUUCUUUGUUAUUUGUAGGAGAAAACCGUAUUCGAAGUUCAUUAGGUUUCAUUAGAAGGACGUGUCGUAGAUCCUCGACAGAAACACUCACACCUAUCGAAACCGGUUUAGUUAGUGGUGUAUCCAUAUUGUGAUGUGCUCUCUAGUAGUGUAAGGCCCAUAAUCCGAGCACAGGACCCAGAAACACAGUGUGUUCCAUAAGCAGCACUCUCGUACUCGUAGGUCGCCUCUCUGAUGGCUAAAGCAAUACACAUACAUAUCUACUAUACACAACAAUAUAUCUACUAUAUGUAACGCCUAUGUUUACGCUAUUUUAAUGGACAUUUGUAGUGCCUAUUCAAAGAGCCAAAAAAAAAACAACAACAAAAACUGCCCAAAAAGCAAAACAAAA